AUGGCUGAGCUUUAUCCGUCAUUGGCGCAGUGCGCCAUUGUGGCUGCAGCCUUUAAGGUGCUGCUGUUCCCGGCAUACAAAUCGACUGAUUUCGAGGUGCAUCGCAACUGGCUGGCCAUUACACAUUCUCUCCCGGUCAAAGAAUGGUACUAUGAGAAAACCUCCGAAUGGACCCUCGAUUACCCCCCGUUCUUUGCGGCUUUCGAAUGGCUGAUGUCGCAAGCUGCUGCACUUGUGGACCCUGCUAUGCUGGUUGUGAAGAACUUGGGAUAUGAUUCCUUGGAGACAGUCUACUUCCAAAGAACUACUGUGAUCUUGACGGAACUAGUUCUCGUCUAUGCGCUGAGCAGAUUCAUCAAGUCCGCUCCUCUGGCGAACAAGCAAGCGGCUCACGUGGCUAGCCUUUCAAUCCUCCUCUCCCCGGGCCUUUUGAUUAUCGACCACAUCCACUUCCAGUACAAUGGAUUUAUGUACGGCAUCUUGAUCCUCUCGCUUGUUCUGGCUCGCAAACAACUUCUUGCCAGCGGCUUUAUAUUUGCCGCUCUGCUCUGCUUCAAGCAUAUCUAUCUAUACCUUUCGCUGGCCUACUUCGUCUACCUCCUCCGCGCCUACUGCUUGGACCCUAAGUUCCGCCCACUAUUCCUGAAUGUCAUCAAGUUGGGGGUCUGCGUUGUGGGCGUCUUCGCCAUUGCUUUUGGACCAUUUGCCGAUCAGAUUCUCCAGUUGAAGGAUCGGCUUUUCCCGUUCUCGAGAGGACUGUGCCAUGCGUACUGGGCGCCGAAUUUCUGGGCGAUGUACUCAUUCGCAGACCGCGCCUUGAUUCCAUUGGCUCCUCGUCUUGGUCUGCCGGUCAACCGUGACGCCCUCAGUAGUGUUACACGAGGCCUCGUUGGAGAUACCUCUUUUGCUAUUCUUCCCGAGGUGACCAAGGAGCAGACGUUCCUCCUAACCUUCGUCUUCCAGCUUGUUCCCUUGGUCAAGCUCUGGCUUCAACCAGACUGGAAUACUUUCAUCGGGGCAAUUACUCUCUGUGGCUACGCCUCGUUCCUCUUUGGCUGGCACGUCCACGAAAAGGCCGUCCUCUUGAUCAUCAUUCCUUUCAGCUUGAUUGCUCUAAAGGAUCGCCGCCACUUCUCUGCCUUCCGCCCACUUGCAGUUGCAGGACAUGUCUCGCUCUUCCCGUUGCUCUUUACACCCGCCGAGUUUCCUCUAAAGACGGUUUAUACAAUCUUCUGGCUCAUCCUGUUCCUAUUCAUUUUCGACCGCAUCGCGCCAGUCCCUGAGCGGCCACGGGUUUUCCUCUUCGACCGCUUCUCCUCACUAUUCUUGACAUUGUCGAUUCCUGUGGUCCUGUACAGCUCGCUGCUUCAUCACUUGAUCUUCGGAUCGCAGCGGCUGCAGUUCCUCCCCUUGAUGGUUAUGAGUAGUUAUUCUGCACUUGGGGUGGUAGGGAGCUGGGUUGGAUUUAUGGUAGUAUACUUCACUACAUGA